AUGGCACCACAACGACCCCCAUGGAUCGUCAACGAUGUCACCAAAAUCCUCGGGCUCGACGAGGAGACCGUCGCCCAGAUGAUCAUGCCUCAGCUCGAGGAAUCUUUACUCGGCCCCACUCAAGCUGCCAGGGACUUUACCACUCGCUACCUCGCCCUCCGUUUCCCAUCAAUCUCCAACACCGCCUCCGCCCUGCCCAAUACCAAGCUCGCUCCCGACGCCGACAUUGCCAAGUCCAAAGGGAAAGCCAAAUCCCCAGUGCCGGGCUCGAGUUCGGGCGCAGGGAGCAGCAGGGCUGUACAAGACGCCUUUGGACCGGGAGGAAAUGUGUAUAUGAAGAAUAGGGAUGUGGAUGAUGCUUUCUUCCUGUCCCGAGGGGGAUCUGGAUCACAGGGUGGGAUUUCUCGCUCGGGAUCUUCGACCCCUGUGCCUCGACAAGCUGGUGCAGUCCACUACAAUGUCGUGGACAAGGGAAAGGGCUCAGCUGGCGGCGCAAAGGGCAAGGGCAAAGCCGCCGAGAAGAUCUGGGAUCUUCCCAAAAGCCGGGAGGUCAAGAAGAUCGAGAGUAUCAUCCAAGCACUUCAGAAGAUCAAGGACGAUGGUCCACAGCCCGGGGACGGGCAUAAUUGCUUCUGCCAAGCCCGCAUACAUCCUCUCUCAAAGUAUACCCCCGUCUGCCCCAACUGUGCCCUCAUCGUCUGCUCCCUCCACGCUCCUCAACUCCCUUGCCCUUCCUGCGCCAAGCCCCUGUACUCGUCCGCUCAACUUACUCGACUGCUUUUGACGGUUGAGAAUGAUCUUGAUGAACAAUUACUGAAGGAGAAGGGCGAGGAAGAAGAGCGUGAAAGAAAGAGGCAAGAGGUUCUCAUGGCUGAGAGUGGCGGAGGGAAUUUCCCUACUUUACCUGUGGGGCUGACGGGGACAAACAACGUGCCCCUUGGGAACUCUCGUAAAGUUAUCUCCAUCGGCGCCAAGGAGAAGGGGAAGGGACGGGCGACAGUUACUACAACCACCUACCGUUCUGGAGCUAGCUCUACUGCCCCUCUUCCUCGCUCCAAGUCUCCUCCACCUCAAAACAUCAUACCGCGCCCCCGCUCUUUGCCUACCGACCAGAACAAGGCUGCAUCUGAAAUUGCCAAGAUCACCAAGUGGAGGAAAGAGGAGGGCAGGCCUUGGGGCGAUCUGAAGGCAGAGAAGAAGGGUCUGGCGUUAAAGUACAAGGAAGUGGACAGGGUGGCGCUGAGGUUGGUCGAUGAGAAUGCAGUCGGGAGAAGGAAGAAGGGCAAGAUGAAGGGUGAAGGGGAAGGCGGCAGGGUUGUUCCAGGCGCACAGAAGAAGGCGUGA